AUGGAGAUCAGCGUCCAGGGCAAGAUCCUGCAUCCGCGUGCCCAGUGCCUUCCCGUCGCCAUGAAACGAAGCGCAGCAACCGCGAACCUCGCAAACGGGAAACAAGGCAUCAAGAAGCUCAAGCCUGCGAUUCCAGAAUAUCACUUGGCGCCAUCAGUGAGAGGCGAAGAUGGCGGCAUUGUGUGGCCUGCGGCGGACGACAAGAUGGAGGCAGCCAGGGCCUUCAUCCGCGAGUGCGUGUCCGCCGGCAAGCCUACUCUCAUCGUGCCGGACAAGGACGCCGACGGGCUCGCCUCCGGCGCGAUCCUCGAACGCACCCUUGUCCUGCUCGGCCUGGACCCGUCGCUCAUCACCGCCUACCUCCCGCCAAAAGGGAAAAACGUCCACGACGAAUCCUGCCGCUCGGAGAUGGCCUCCCAUGAGCCGGCCUACAUCUUCAUCCUGGACCAGGGCUCCCGGUCGUCCCCGCCUCUCAUUGACGGGCCGCACCGGGGCAUCGUCAUCGACCACCACCACGCUCUCGAGGGCGAUCACCCCGAGGGCGCCUUGCACGUCACGGCAUGUGACUCGCCCCCCGUUGCGACGAGCUCGCUGCUGACGUACCUCAUCUGCCGUGACCUCCACGACGGAGUCGAAGGGGCCUGCGACUGGCUCUGCGUGAUGGGGACGCACGGCGACCUGGGCAACACCCUGAAGUGGGAGCCCCCCUUCCCGGAUAUGAAGACAACCUUCAAAAGGUAUACCAAAAAGGCCCUCAACGACGCCGUCUCGUUGAUCAACGCCCCGCGGCGGACGGCGUCGUACAACGUCCCCUCGGCCUGGGAAGCCCUCCGCGCGGCAACGUCCCCGCAGGAGCUCCUGGCCGACACGUCCCUCCUCGCGGCCAGGGCCGAGGUCAACGCCGAGGUGGAGCGCUGCACCCACACGGCCCCCAAGUUCUCCGCCGACGGCCGCGUCGCCGUCUUCCGCAUCAGCUCCCGGGCCCAGGUCCACCCGGUCAUCGCGACGCGCUGGGCCGGCCACCUCGCCUCGGCCAGGCUCGAGGUCGUCCUGGUCGCGAACGAGGGGUACCUGCCAGACCUGGUCAACUUCUCGUGCCGCGUGCCCCGGUGCGCCAGGGCGCGAGACCCGCCGGUGAACAUCAUCGCGGUGUUGGAGGACGUCGCCGCCCGCUCGGGGGACCCGACGCUGAGGGACCGGUUGGGCGGCUCGUUCGCGCGGGGGCAUAAGGAGGCGAGCGGGGGCAUCGUGCCCAGGGCCGAGUUCGAGGAGCUGAUGGCCGUGCUGGAGGUCGGGAAGAAGGCUGAAGGGGCGUCGCCGAAGAAGGCGCGGAAGCCGGCGCAGGCCAAUACGUUGACGAAUUAUUUCGGCAAAAAGUAG